AUGGAACACGAUCACAUGUUAAGGGAAUGCCCCCCAUCCUACGCAUCUCACGACCCUCAAACCAUAAGUCUGCCUUCUGUACCCACAGCAGACCCUCCACCGAUUCAUCAUGAAAGAGUCUUGCCCCCUCUACCUCCUAUGUCGACAGAAUCAAAAUAUCGGCAGGAUCUAGUCGCAGAAGUCCCAUUGACAUGGCCGUCUUCAAAUCCUUUAACCGCAUAUUAUCAACCGGGCCCCUCACAGCUAUCCCCCAAAACAACGACUAGAAGAAGUACAGAUUCGCCGAACGGUAUGGACUUAGAUUUAUCAGACAACAGAGCACGGAGGGGUGGAAGUGUACUAUCUAUAGACGAUCCCGAUGUGCGACUUGCUGCCGAAGCAUUGGGAGAUCUUCGCGCCGACUUUAUACAGUCUUCCCCCCGUCAGCGUACUGCUCCCUCUUCAAACUCACCUCGCUUUCGACAAGGUGUUUCCACACAACCAGAACCCCUCCUCUCACUCCUCACCACAUCCCACCCACUCAUUGGUAAUGCGAUAGGUGGUUCACUAUCCGCAUACUCGGCUUCCAAAAACUAUAGUCCACGUUUCAAGUCUAGUGCAGAAUACGUGGAAAGAAGGAUUACUCCGGUUGUCAAUACAAUUAAUUCUGUCAACCGUAUUACUGGAGUUGAAGGGGGUGUGCGUUGGUUCCUUGGUGGUCGCCGGCCGAGCCAUCAUGGACCGUCCGACACUGAAUCUGAUUCCCCUUCUCACAAGCGACGGAAAGUCAACACUUCCUCUCCAGCCGACCUUGAAGGUCAGCCCAUGCAGUUUGAAAUACAAUUUGAUCAACAGCGCCGCCGUCGGCCUAGCCAGGCUUCUACAACAGACAGCCUUCCUGCAUAUGAUGAUCAACGUAGUCCUAGCUAUGAAGCUUCACAGCAAGCAUUAGUGCCAUCAAACCGAGGAUCUGAAGAAUCUGUAUCUCCUGGCAGCUCAUGGCAAUCUCGUCUCGUCCUUUCGACCUCGGGACUCAGUGUUGCAAUGUCGGAAGAGUCGCUCCGAAGUUUAAAAUACUGCCUCAGUUGGAUUCGUUGGGCAAAUGAGCACAUAGGGAAACUAAUUGUGGCAUUGAAAUCAGUUUUGGAACAAUAUGACAAUUCUGGCACCAUUGCUGACACCCCCUACUCCGAAAAGGGAGCUGACAAUAAUCAACGUCAAAUAGUGCUUCACACAGAUGAUCAACGCUCAGCCUUGACUGCAAAGAUUGCGCAGUUGAACAAAGAUGUCUUGAAGACUUUGAAAGAGGUGGUAGAUAUUGUUUCUAAGUAUGCUGGUGGUGCUCUUCCCGAAAACGCAAGAGAUCUCGUACGCAAGCACUUGACUUCCUUGCCACGACGAUUUCAAAUCGCAAACUCCGUUUCAAAUGGUGAAAGCAGAAGUCAUCGAGAUGGAGAUAGUGAUGCCAAGGAAGGCGCACAAAGAGUCAUGGUAUUGGCAAAAGAAGGUUUGGACAUGAUGACUCAGGUAUCAGGAGUUUUGGAUGGAACAAUAGUCAGUGCGGAGGAAUGGUGUGAAAAGUUAGGAAGAAAGAAAAGGGAAGAAAGGGAGACAAAUACUCCAAAGGAUGAAAAAAUGAUGAAUGGUGGAAGGAACGGAAGGGACGAAGUUUCACCAGUUGUUGGCGGUGAUGUUAAGAUGGGGUAUACAGGGUUCGGCGAGGAGAAGCCUAUACUUGUUUAA